UCUUACCGGCAUCAGAAUCUCAUAUACCGCGUAUAUAUCGGGCCGUGACUGUGGUCAGACCACUGGACUGUAAAACCUCUUCCUCAGCUGACUCAGAUGACAUUCCAUCAGGUAAAGAAAAGAAUAAAAACAUAUACUACAUACAGCUUUUAUUUUAUUUAUUUAUUUUUUUUCAUAAAAUUCCUUCGCAGACAUAAAAACACAAUCUCCCUGCUAUGUGCAGUACAGAGUUCUCUGCCUUGUACUCUGCCCUUACAUUCCAUUCUGACCGUACGUACAACUCCGGACAUCCACAUAAGCCAACCACGCAACACCCUUGCCGUGCCGUAUUGUAACAACAAUACGGUAAGUCCACACGGCGGUUCCGUUUCCCCCUCCCCCAAUAAGCCUGCCAUUUAUUCCUGGCGGUUCCUCGUUUUUCCUGUUCCCUUUUUUUCUUUUUUCUUUUCCUUUUCCUCUCUUCUUUCCUUUCUUCCUUUUCUUCCCUCCUCACAGGGUUUGGUCGCAACUCUGCCUCGAUAUCGAUCGCCUUUUUCCUUUCUUUUUGGCCGCCACAGCCGGUUUUUGGUGUCCUGUCUCACGGCCGGCGCCAAACGGUGCGUAGGCUUUGGCCCCCCGAGUCCUCGUCCUUCCUGUCUAUAUCUACUCUAUUCGCUUCCAUUCGUGUGAUUGAUCAUUCCUGGCAACUGCCUUGGAUGGCUCUCCUCGCUUUAGCCCUCUUGAAACGCGCGUGAUUGAUACUAGCGACAACCCUCCGACCGGUUUCGCCUUUCGCAUUGUGGUAUAUACCGCUUGUUUCGACGACAGAUUUUGUGAACUGAAGAAUUUCGAAAGAUACCAAAGAUACCCCUGUUUUUGUCCUUUGCUUUUGCUCGUUUGGGAGUUGUUUCCUUGUUGCAGCCGGUUCCGUCUUCUUUGCAGACGGACCGCACCUAUACCCUGUCAAUCCCGCGUUGACGGCUCUC